AUGAGGCAUCGGCGUGUUGACUCCGCGGCCAGCUUCGAGUUCUCAGACUUCGAUUGGGAUGCGUACGAAGCACAUCGACCAAAGUAUCCAAAGGCCCUUUAUGAUAUCAUAUUCAGAUAUCAUGCCAAAGCUGGAGGCAAAUAUCAGGCAGCGCUCGAUGUGGGCGGAGGAAUAGGAAUCGUCACCCGAGAACUACUGGGUCGAUUCAAGCUUGUCACCCUGAGCGAUCCUGCGUACGACUAUAUCCGUCAGGCAAGAUCAUGCUUUUGCACUGUGCCUGCGAAUCGUCUUCACUUUCUCCGGCGCAAGGCCGAAGAAUUGGAUCUUGUUGACUUCACCGAUGGAGCGGUCGAUAUGGUUGCUGCUGGAAUGUCGCUCCAUUGGGCGAAUCAGAGCGUCGCCAUACCUCGCAUAGCAUCGCUUUUGAAGCCCAAUGGUACAUUCGCGACCUGGCUAUACGGCAUCCAGGCUGUCGUGGGUGGGAAACGUAAGCCAGAAGUCGAGUCGGCGAUCCAGAAUCUCUUGCGAAGCAUACUGGAGAUCUAUGCCAGCAUGGUAGACACGACCAGCGAUGAGAGCAUGGUGGCCGUUAUGAAUUCCCGUUUCGAUAACAUGGAUUUUGACCCGGCGUUAUGGAAAAAUGUCCAGCGCAUCCACGCUCAUCCCCAUCUGCGGUGUGUGUCGAACGAAGCGCGAUGGCCCUGUGCGAAGUCCAAUGUUCGUCCAGAGGACACCGUGAUGAAUUUCAAAGACCAGGGCAUCAUCAACAGGACGGUGGACUACGAAGGCGUAGUAGGUUGGAUGGCCAGUCUGAAUCCCGAGGAGUUUGUGCCGAAAUAUCUUCCCAAGGAGUUCGAAGAUGUCAAGAAAGCAUUGAACGGAGGAUCCGUGAAACUGGAGUAUUCAUUUGUGCUAGUACUCGCGACCAAGCGGUGA